UUUGUAAAUAAACAGUUGUCGCAACUUGCUGCCUGUAAAUAAUUGAACAUCAUUUACUGCACAGUAAAUGUAUUACUAUUCUUAUUACAUUUUAUGUAACUGUAUAAACAACCAAGAAUAAAUUAUAUGCUUACUCUCUUGUCAGUUUGUAUAAUAUCCAUCAAACAUGAGCGGAGGAUUUUGUCCUAGUAAAAGUACUGUCUACAUUUCAAACUUACCUUUUUCUUUGACUAAUAAUGAUUUGCACAAAAUCCUCGAAAAAUAUGGAAGAGUUGUUAAAGUUACCCUAGUGAAAGAUAAAGUUACUCAUAAGAGUAAAGGUGUUGCAUUUGUCUUGUUUCUGGACAAAGAAGGUGCUUACAAAUGUGUUCGAUCUUUGAAUCAACAACAGUUAUUUGGAAGAAUGUUAAAAUGCAGCAUUGCCAAAGAUAAUGGCAGGGCUACAGAAUUCAUUCGGCGUAAAUUUUAUAAAGAUAAAUCUCGAUGCUAUGAAUGUGGAGAAGAAGGUCACUUAAGUUACAAUUGUCCAAAAAAUAUAUUGGGUGAUAGAAUCGUGGAAAAGAAAGAGAAAAAGAAGAGAAAAUUUCACAAUGAAGAAGAAUAUCCUGAAAGUGAACAAGAAUCAGAAGAAGAACAAGGAGAGGAUCCAGGUCUUGAAAGUCUAAGUGCAGCUAUUCGAUAUCAGCAAGAGAAAAUAGAGGAAGAAGAAUAUCGAAUAAAAGUGGCUACUGGCGAGUAUGAAAAUAAAAAUGAAGAAUCAUCCCUCAAAAAGAAAAAGUUCAAGAAGAGUGAUUAUUUUAGUGAUGAAGAAGAAGUUGAAGACUAAUAAGAAAUCUGAGGGGCAUACAGUCAUUUUUUUUUUCAGAAAAUAUCAUUUGUGAUCAUUGUAAAUAUCAUUUAAUUAGAAUAAAUUAUGUAUAUAUGUGAUGCUUCUAUAAUACCAUACCAUUGAAACAAGGGAAAGAAAAAUAAAAAUUAAAU